AUAAUUAAAUAGAUUAAUAAUUAGUCAUCUAUGAUAAUCAUACCUAUAGCCAUGUUAGUUAAGUCUUCUUGGUAUACAUAUAUAUAUUUCAGAUAGAUAAGUAAUCUUCAAAUACUUCAAAGACCUACAGAAUAUGGCAUUUAAAAUAUUUUUAAAAAUUUAGACUUUCUGGACAAUGAGACAUGUCUGCUCCUGACAACACCGGAUUUACUUCAGAGAGGAGGAUGGGCAUUGAAGACACUCCAUAUGGAGUUUAUCUUCACCUUGGCAAAAAUAGCCAUUUGGACAAAAAACUGUUCUUGCCUGCACUGCUUGAUCAACUGGACAUACAGGACCCAUAGAAAGGUGACCACUGAACUUUGCUUGACAAAAUGGUCUUUCAGGUUCCUGCUUUGCAGAGAAAACUGCCAGACAUUCUACAUGACACUGAGAAAAAUGACCAAGACACUCUAGCCCUGUGAGCUGAAGACAGAUGCCCCAACUUUACAAAGGAACAUGAGGUGACUGUCCAGGCUGCCAGCUGUCUCUGUCUACCCUGCAAGACUCCUGAGAGUUGCUUGCAUCCUCCUGUUUCUCAGAAUGCAGUGACCUAUGAAGAUGUGCAUGUCAACUUCACUCGAGAAGAGUGGACAUUGCUGAAUCUUUCCCAGAAGAAUCUCUACAAAGAUGUGAUGCUGGAGACCUACAGGAACCUCACUAUUAUAGGAUACAGUUGGGAAGACCAUAAUACUGAAGAAACUUAUCAAAGUUCUAGAAGACAUGAAAGGCAUGAAAGAAGUCAUACGCAAGAGAAAUCUUCUAAAUAUAGUCAAUGUGUUAAAGCUUUUGCAUAUCAUAGUCAUCUUCCAAGGCAUGGAAGAACACAUACUGGAGAGAAACCCUGUGAAUGUAAUCAAUGUGGUAAAGCCUUUGCACACAAGAGUAGUCUCCAAGUCCAUAAAAGAACUCACACUGGAGAGAAACCCUAUGAAUGUAAUCAGUGUGGUAAAGCCUUUGCAUGUGACAGUAAUCUCCGAGUACAUAAAAGAAUACAUACUGGAGAGAAACCCUAUGAAUGUGAUGAAUGUGGUAAAGCCUUUGCACGUCUUAGUAAUCUACAAAUACAUAACAGAACACAUACUGGAGAGAAACCUUAUGAAUGUAAUCAAUGUGGUAAAGCCUUUGCACGUCUUAGUCAUCUUGAAAUCCAUAAAAGAACACAUACUGGAGAGAAACCCUAUGAAUGUAAUCAAUGUGGUAAAACAUUUACCCGUCCCAGUAGUGUUCAAAUGCAUAAAAGAACACAUACUGGAGAGAAACCCUAUGAAUGUAAUCAGUGUGGUAAAGCCUUUGCUUGCCACAGUAGUCUCCGAAUACAUAAAAGAACACAUACUGGAGAGAAACCCUAUGAAUGCAAUCAGUGUGGUAAAGCCUUUACACAUCAUAGUCAUCUUCAAGUGCAUAAAAGAACACAUACUGGAGAGAAACCUUAUGAAUGUAAUCAGUGUGGUAAAGCCUUUAAGCAUCACAAUCAUCUUCAAAUGCAUAAAAGAACACAUACUGGAGAAAAACCCUAUGAAUGUAAUCAAUGUGGUAAAGUCUUUGCAUAUCACAGUAGUCUUCGAAUACAUAGACAAACACACACUGGAGAGAAAUCCUAUGAAUGUAAUCACUGUGGUAAUGCCUUUGCACAUCUUAGUACUCUUCAAAGGCAUGAAAGAACACAUACUGGAGAGAAACCCUAUGAAUGUAAUCACUGUGGUAAAGCCUUUGGACGUCAUAGUCAUCUUCAAAGUCAUGAAAGAAUACAUACUGGAGAGAAACCCUAUGAAUGUAAUCAAUGUGGUAAAGCCUUUGUAUGUCAUAGUCAUCUUCAAAGGCAUAAAAGAACACAUACUGGAGAGAAACCCUAUGAAUGCAAUCAGUGUGAUAAAACCUUUGCAUGUAUCAGUAGUCUUCGAAAUCAUGAGAAAAAAUCAUACUGCAGAGAAACUGUAUAAAAGUAGUCAGUGUGGUAAAGUUUUGCACUUUAUACAUGAAUAAAACUUUGUGUGCAAUCAAUCUGUUAAAGACUUUGCAUAUUACAGUAGCCUUUGAGUGCCUAAAAAACUAAUACUGAAGAGCUCCUUAUUAUAAAGUAUUUGGUAAGAUGUUAGCCAAAACACUUACAUUCAGUUGCACAAGAGUAUUUAUUCUGGAGACGAAAAAUUGACAGUGUCAACAAUAUGUUCAAGCAUUAUAUCUGUCUUUGUUUUGUUUGUACCUACAAACUCAUGUGAACAAAAGCCCUUUGAAUUUAAACAGUAAGGCAACCCUUUUAGAUUUCAUACUUCUUCAAUUACAUGAAAUAACUAAUUCAGAUGUAAAACUUUAUGGAUGUGUAUUAGUGCCUUUUCUGUUUUUGUAAUAUAAUGUCUAUGUCAACUUAUAAAUGAGUUUAAUUUGGCCCUUGGUUCUAGAGGUGUACAGGAUGUCCAUGAAAGUGGCAUGGCAACAAGUGUCGGACAUGGCAGCUAAAGCAAGAGGCUAAGAACUCAGAUCCCUAAUCUGCAGCAUGAAGCAGAGUGGAAACAGAAAUGAUGCAUGGAUAUAAAUUCUCAGAGCACUACCCCCAGUGACAUAUUUCUUCCAGCAGUGCAGUAUUUCUUAAAUCUUCCUAAAUGAUGCCACCAACUGAGAAGGAUUGGUUUCUCUGACUUCAAGACUACACACUUGCUUUCUGUUAUAUGAACCAACUCAUGAUAAAGAAAACAUCUGCAAGUAAGCCUUUAGAUGCCUCAACACCUGUCUUACAGGAAUUAAUGCUUACAAGAGACAACCUUUCAUGAGUGAAAACUUGUUUGUUUAAAGAUUUGUUUUCAUUUUAAUUGCA